ACCAUUCUCGGAAUUAUAAAAAAAAGUCAUAGCCUGAAAAAUGGCACCAAAGGCUCGAGGAUCAACGGGUAGACUCUGGGAUAAACUCGACCCGCCACUGUCAGAAUGGAUUCUGGAAGCAAUGUCGGCAAUGGGGUUUGCCCGCAUGACCCCAGUACAAGCCUCUGCUAUUCCACUCUUUAUGAGCCAUAAGGACGUUGUAGUAGAAGCUGUGACUGGUAGUGGGAAGACGCUGUCAUUUCUGAUACCGAUUGUGGAAAAAUUGCUGCGCUUAGAUGAGCCGAUUAAAAAGCAUCACGUCGGGUCCAUCAUUGUUGCGCCGACGAGGGAAUUGGCCUCGCAAAUCUACAAUGUUCUUCUAUCCCUUUUAGAAUUCCACGGACCAUCCGCAUCCGUCGUCAAAUCGUCCGACGAGACAGUGGAAGCCGUCAAAAAAUACCCAUCUUCGACACUAAAAGUCAUCCCACAACUCCUUCUAGGUGGCACAACAACCCCCGCCGAAGACCUGAGUAAGUUCCUGAAAAGAUCUCCGAAUGUUCUUGUUGGAACCCCCGGCAGACUGCUCGAACUUCUUUCGUCACCUCACGUCCACUGCCCUCAAUCCUCAUUCGAAAUGUUGGUAUUCGAUGAAGCCGAUAGAUUACUGGAUCUUGGUUUCAAAGACGACAUAUCGAAAAUACUUGCAAAACUUCCGAAGCAGAGACGAACAGGCUUGUUUAGUGCUAGUGUGAGCGAAGCACUGGAUCAGAUCAUUCGAGUAGGCUUGCGGAAUCCUGUCAAGAUUGCAGUGAAAGUGCGCGGUGCGUCCGGAGUCGAGGAGAAGCGUACUCCUGCAAGCUUGCAAAUGACAUAUCUUGUCACUCCUCCUACACACAGGCUUCCUGCCGUCAAAAAAAUUCUAGACAUAUUAGACCCUCGACCCCAAAAAGCCAUCCUAUAUUUCUCGACCUGCGCAGGCGUGGACUAUUUUCAGCAUAUAAUACCAUUAAUUCUCGGAAACGAAUUCACCAUCAUCCCACUACAUGGGAAACAUCCUGCGAACGUACGACAAAAAAAUUUCACUCGUUUCACCAACUCCGUCACACCUUCCGUGCUCCUAACAACUGAUGUCGCGGCACGCGGAUUAGAUAUCCCAUCCGUUGACCUUGUCAUUCAAAUCGACCCGCCAUCUGAUCCCAAAGCUUUUAUUCACCGUUGCGGCCGAGCCGGUAGAGCGGGCCGCCGAGGGUUGAGUAUCGUACUCCUCUCGCCAGGUCGCGAAGAGGAUUACGUACCUUUCUUGGAAGUGCGAAAGACGCCGGUAACAUUAUACGAAAACUCAGCGUUUAGUAUAUCCGACAAAGACGCCGUGAAAGCAACCGAAAUAGCGCGAAAAGCAGUCUUGUCGGAUAGAUCGUACCAUGAUAAAGCACAAAAGGCGUUUGUUAGUUGGCUUCGAAGCUAUAGCAAGCAUCAGGCUAGCAGUAUCUUCCGUGUUGCGGAUUUAGACUGGGAGGCUCUAGGUCAUGCAUGGGGGUUGUUGAAAUUGCCAAAAAUGCCCGAAUUAAGGAAUUUCAAAGGUGAUAAAAGUCUAGGUGUGACUGUUGACUGGGAUAAUUAUGCAUAUGCAGACAAACGAAGAGAGAAACAUCGCCAGGAAGCACUUAAGGAAAACGCAGCGGCCAAACUAGACGAAAACUCCAUGAAGAAACGACCCGCGGCUUCGGAAAGUGUACCGUGGAGUCAGAAUCUUGAGAAGAGGAAAGAAAGAGAACAGCGACGGGAGAGGAAACGAGCUCGUCGUGAGCAUGAGCGGUGGGGUAAGAUGACAGAAGAGGAGAAGCAGAAAGCUCGGGAGACGGAGGCUAUGAUUCAGAGUUUGCGGGAGGAGGCUGAAAAGCGACGAGAGGCUGCAAAGGCGACGCAGGACGCUGAAAGUGAUGAUGAAUUCAAAGGGUUUGAUUAGAAGUUCGCCGUCCACAGCAUGGAGGUUUUCUUGCGAAGUGUAUUCCUGCUUUCGCGCUUAUGUCUCUUCUUAGAUACCCAUUGGAUAGAGUUUGUAUAAUCCAAGGCUAU